GCACCGUAAAUGGCAACGACAACGCCCCUGAUUCAACUGGAGGGCGAGAAAAAAGCUAGAGUAAAGGUCAGCUCUGUGCUCAACAGGGACUUGAGGCAGUUCGGGAAACAGUUUAUGUUCGAUGGCUCGGAGGAGACGUGCUGGAAUUCGGAUCAGGGGUCUCCCCAAUAUGUGAGGGUUGAUCUGGGUCGUCUGGCAGUGGUGAGAGAGCUACGUGUGCAGUUCCAGGGAGGAUUUGCCGGGAGAGAGUGUGAACUGAAGGCUGGAGGAGGAGGGGGAGGGGAGGAAGACAGGGUACUGAUGCAGUUCUACCCCUCAGACACCAACAGUCUACAAGUAUCACAGAGAUUUGGGGGACACUGCUCACACCAAGGUUGGUGGUGGUCAAUUUACCACCACUGGCUUGUAUUAUAUAUUAUACCAAUGGCACUUUAGUCUUUUUGGCUUGUAAGUAUAGGCUAGGUUGUGUUUGCCCAUCUCUAUUCUGGGCAUAACCCGCAGCAGAGAUAUGGAAAAUGAACUAGUGGGGAAAGCACCUGGACCCCCUAGUAAUUGUGACAUUGAUUGAGUAAGGGAAGAUCACUGUUUCAGUUGUAUAUAUACCCCAGAAGGGAAGUAAAGUCGGUCGAGUUAUGAGAUAGUUGUAUAUAUAUGUAUCAUUUGCUAUAAUAUAACUGGUGUAAGUCCUUAACCAGUCCAGAUAUUCCCACUGAAUGGAGAUGGGGAGCCUACACAGGUGUACUCUGUCUUCUUCAAGACCAGCACAGACUUCUUUGGCAGAAUAACUGUCUAUUCCCUCCAGCUAUAUGGUAGCUGGGUUGAAGAAUAAUAAUGCAUUGCAGCAGUUUUUUUGUAAGGUGUGUUUCGGCAGAUCACCAGUCUUACCUGACAUAAUAUGUGCAAUACUUGGACUAGGACUUUGAAGUAGUCUAUAA